UGAGUCGUCUGGGUAAAUUAGCCAGUGGAUCGUGCAUGCGAUGCAUGGUUCACGUUCCCAAAAAAAUGAGCGAGAUGUUGAAAGAAUUUACUGUGUUUUCUGAAAGACUGGAGCAUUUUAUUUUGUCAUUCAGCGCGAAAACGAACCCGGUGAACGUAACAUUUGAUUCGAAUAUUUUGAGAUGGAGUAAAAAACCACAUCUCGGUGAUUUCAGCGUAGCGGCAGCGGUCGUAGCGAGAUUAAAAAUCAAGGACAACACAGCUUUCACAGCUGCACUUCUCCAGGAGUCCCGUCACUGGCCGCUGCCCAUCGAUUCCUGCAUCCUGACGGACCAAGGAGGGCUUGGAUUCAAGCUCCAUCGCCCCAGCGUCUUCAAGAAAGUCUUGAGCGCAGUGCUCACAGAGAGCGACAACUAUGGAAGGUUUGCAGCCAUGGAGGUGGAUGCGGAGGCUCCUGCAGGAGUGGGCAUAGUGAGUGGCCGUUUGCCAAGGGUUGAGACGGGCACGGCUGCAGAGGACAAACAGGACCUGACACUUAGCCAGCUGAGAGGGCUUCUACUGACAGAACACCUGUCGGCGUUGCUGGAGACUGCAGGGUUUCAAGUGAGUCAUCUGACACCAACUACAUGCUCAUCCGACAUUCUGGACUGCUUUGGAAUAAAAGCAUUCCAAUCCUCCAAGAGUGGAGCAACGUCGUCAAAGGAAUCUGUCAAAGAAACGAAAGAAAGAUUAGUCAGAUCUGCCUCCUGUUGCAAAUUCAGAACUUCUGGCCCAGGGGAUCUGACCUCAUCGGGUCCGAGGUCAAGUGAGGAUGACCCCAGCUCACCAAACCCUGCAGAAAUCAAUCUUGAUUUGCGUGGUUUCAUUGUGGAGGAAAAGCUGCCGCUGGGAAAGUCUGGAUAUGACAAGAACCUGCAGAGAGUCAAAGUCGUCUUGCAAGAUGGCUCACCCUCUCCAGUGUUGGCACAGUGCUGCUUGAUAGAAGAGGGUCUCAAUCACACGUAUCCACUGCCCUCUCGUCUUAUCCACGUUGCAAGCCAAGGGGCAUGUUUCCAGCAACAGCGAGUAGCUUUCACCUGGCAACUUUGCUCAAAUAGGCCCACGCCGGGAACCAUCUGUCAGUACCAUCUGACCCACGGCCCCGUCGCAACACGAAGGGCGGAAUCAAAAGAAAAAAAGGACGUCAGUGCAGCUGAGCUGCUUCGAAUACGGGAAGCGCAGACCAGAGAAGCAUCGGUCUUGAAGUAUGGGGAGGAGGUGCAAGGUGAGGGUUGGGAACAGCUCAUCAGAAGACUGACGAUAGCUGGGCUGAAGUUUGAAAUGUUGGGAAAGCAGUGUGGUCACAUGCUGAAGUUAGAACUGUCCAACUCCCGUAACAGCAGUACAUGGCCUGACAGCAGGGAUGGAGUGUUUGUCAUGUACAACUAUGCGAGGCUCUGCACCCUGUUCAGUCAUUUUGAUGAGGAGGUCACAAAAGGCACAUACCCUUCCCUGCCGGAUAUCGCAAGCCUGAACUUCAGUCUCCUUCGUGAGGAUCAGGAAUGGGGGCUACUCUUCAACUACAUUUUGCAGUAUCCAGUCAUGCUGUCCGGGUGUGUCGCCGACUUGCUGCAGACCAAAGGACCACACAUCAAUAUCCAUACACAUAGGGUGUGCAGUUUUCUGGUGAGUCUUUGCAGAGAUCUCAGCUCGUAUUACAGCCAUACCCAUGUUUUAGGGGAGCCGAGGCCCCAUCUCAUUGCCGUCAUGUUUGCUCGUCUGCAUCUCUUGAAAGGCGUUCAACAGGUCCUCAAGAAUGGCCUGUCUCUUCUCAACAUCCAGCCACUGACGCAGAUGUAAUGCCAUCUUCCCUCCGUUUCCCCUGUCGUGAACAUCUCAAACAGAACAGCCUAGAGGACGAUUUGCACCUUCAGAACCCAAACCUAGCAAAGGUUGGAGAAGCGUCUUAUGUCAAGUGUCUUACGUCUACAGACUCCACUGAUUCUUGUGUCAGGAUUUGAAUUUCAUCAGCCGUUAAAAAAACAAUUGAAAAUAUCUAUAGACAGUGAUGACAUAUUUUUUUAAAGUUUUAUUUAUUGUGCAUAUUGCAUUUAGAUUCCCAGGAAAGUGGAAUUAUAGCGUCAGGUAUGUAAACAAAUUCUUUCUUUUUAAUUGCUUUUAUGAGCAUUUUGUUGGUUCGUUUUGAUAGAAAAUUAAUCAAAAGACUUAUGUGAAAUUAAAAUUUUCAGUGCAGAUGAAAAAUAAAUUGUGAAAUUCAACAUUUUA